CGAGGACUCUGACGUCAUUCUCUAGGAGCACGCAUGUGCUUUCCAUCUGGGUGAGUCUGGUUUAGGUGUUUGGAAGCGGGGGAAGAGAGAGACGAAAGUACGCGCCGACUCCAAAACAACAUUGGACAAUGUUUAUGGCCCUUUCUGGACUGGAAAAGAAUGUUGUUUGAAUAAACAGACAGGUGAAGGUGAGGGCCUUGAAUUGAAGAUCUAGCAGUGUCAUGACCUCUGUGGAGAGUGGCGUUGUAAUGGCGGAUGAGGAGGAGGAAGAGGACGAGGAGGUACCUUCUGGUACACCCAGCCCCUCCACUACAACUCCACCCAGCCUCUUCUUCAUCCUGAAGCCGGGGCAGGUCAGCCACGGUGGGCAGGACCAGGACAUCCUCUUAACCAAUCAGGACCGUAGCUCGGCAGCCCCUGGCACCCCGGCCGUAACGGCGCAGGGCCUUCCUCCCAUGACCCCCAAGGGGUCCACUGUAGAGGCUGCAUCCCUGCAGUCGGACCUUUCUGCCACCAGCACCUGCAAAGGUGUGACGGUCACCCUUCGCAAUAGCCACAUGUGGAAUGAGUUCCAUGGCUGCAGGACGGAGAUGAUCCUGACCAAGCAGGGCCGCCGCAUGUUCCCGUACUGCAGCUUCAGCAUUGCUGGCCUGGAGCCCCUCAAGCGCUACGUCAUGGUCAUGGACAUCGCGCCCAUGGACAACAGCCGCUGGAAAUGGAACGGGCGCGAGUGGGAAGCCUGCGGGAAGGCAGAGCCUCAUGUCCUGGACCGCGUGUUUAUCCACCCGGACUCCCCGUGUCUGGGUCAUUGCCUGACCCAGAGCUCCGUGUCCUUCUAUAAGCUGAAACUGACCAACAACACCCAGGACACGGAGGGCCACAUAAUCCUGCACUCCAUGCACCGCUACCUGCCGCGGCUGCACCUGGUCCCGGCGGAAACGGACGACGGCGGCAUCGAGCUCAGCGGCCCCGACGUCGCGACGUUCACGUUUCCGCAAACCGAGUUCAUCGCUGUGACCACCUACCAAAACCUGCGCAUCACGCAGCUGAAGAUCAACUGCAACCCCUUCGCCAAGGGCUUCCGGGAGGAAGGGCCAUUCUCCCAGCUCUCCAGGCCCAGGGCAGAGUCUUCAGACCCCCUCCUCUCCCUGGAGCUCAACAGCUCCGAGACCAGCAACACCAAGCUAAGGGACCUACAGAAAACCUUGCAGUUACUGUUUAGGCCCAGCGAGGACUUGGAUCAGGCUGUGGAGCAGGAGCUUCAGCAAACGGUGUGCACUGGUGCCGAGUUCCUUAAUGGUGUGCAGUCUGUCUUACAAACGGGCAGUGUCAUUAGGGGUGAAAAACGUCCGAGCCCAGCGGUACGCUCCGAGCGGAAUAGCAAGCUGAAGGUGAGAAGGGUCGAUCCCAAGAGGAGAAAUGGCGCGUAUGCAGAGAAGGAGACGGAGCCGGCUGUGGACGACGUCUCUCGGGAAGCGCGGCUGAAGAACCAGUCCUGCAUCGCAGGCGAGGCGACGUCGGCCGUGCGGGUGGACCGCGCGAUGGCCGACAGGCCUUCCCUCGAGGGGCCGACCGCGCCUGAGGCGGACGCCGCCGUCGGCUCGGAGUGCGAGGACCCCUGCGGAACGCCCGCUCUCGGCCUCGCCCCUCGGAGGGAAACGGGUUCCACCGCGAAGGCUAAACCAGCGGCUGUCUCAUCCGAGCCUUUGUCCACGUUCCCCACAUCGUUGUCCCUUUCCCAGAGAUCGUCGCCCGAUUCCCGCGUGUCAUUACACCCAUUCAGCCAAUCACCAGCUGUCCCCGUGCUGACACCUGUUUCCAAGCCAUCGUCAGCACGCAGUGGUAAAGGUGCGAGUUUGCGCAGCCAGGCAACACCAGGCGGAAAGGUAAACCUGGAGGCAGCCACUCCUGGAACAACACCACUCACCUCUGCUUCCACCUGGAAGAGGAAACAGAGGUCUAAGAGAAAGCGUUCUAGAAAGUGUAAGAAGUACGUGAAGAAAUCGGGCGUGAGUGCACAGAAGGUACCAGAGCCACCUGUUGAGGCGGCCAUGCUGCCUGACCUGGAGGAUGUGGAAGGGAUGCUCUUUGUGUCGUUCGUUUCCAAGGAAGCUCUUGGGGCUCAUCUUCAGGACCUACCACUCUGCAGAGAAGGGCAUGUGCCUCUACAGGAACAAACCACUCCAAAAAAAAUAGAAGUAGUGGAGACCUUGGAGGAGAAGAUCGCUCGGCUCCAGGAUCUCCUCCUGCUGGAUCUGCAGAAACUCAAACACAGACAGGUCAUACACACAGUCCUGCAAGAAGUUGGGCUGAAGUUAAGUUUAUUGGACCCGACUCUAGCAAUUGAUCUGCAGUAUUUGGGAGUGCGUUUACCCCUCCCCUUGCCCCUCUUUAGCCCUGAGGAUGACGAGGUCAAUGCUGGCCUUACGCCUUCACCAGAGGGAGCGCCAUUUCUUUCCAGGACAGGGAAAACUAAAGACUUCACAAAAAUUAAAGGCUGGAGAGAAAAGUUUGUCACUUCUGAAAUAUCCCCCUUAAAGCUUUCUGGUUCCCCAGAUGCACAGCCGGGCGCAGGUGCUGACGCAGGUACUGAUGCGGGUGCGGACACAGGGCUGCGGAAUCGUUCGGCCUUCUGCAGCGACAUGCUGGACGAGUACCUGGAGAGGGAGGCCCCGCUGAUGGACAAGCAGGCGGCCGGAGUCUCCGCCCCCAGCUCCCCGCCCCUCGUGCUCUACCAGCUCCCCACGAAGAGCAGCAGCUACAUCCGCCCCCUGCACACCGUGCUCAGCAAGCGGGCCCCCAGACCCGCCCCCCUGCCCGGACUCCCUGUGAAGCCCCUCCCAACGUGCCCCCAGGCCAAACCCAAACCCAAACGUACGGUUGGGCCCGCCUCCGCCAAAGCGCCUGCUCUCGCCGGCGCGAAGGGGCUCCUGCCCGCCGCCUACGGCGCGAAGGCGGCCGCCAAAUCCCCGGCGGCCGCUAAGAAAGCGCCGGCCCCGCCCCCGAGCCCGCCCGCUCCCAAGCCCCGCCCCCCGGAGGCCGGCGCGAAGCCGGACUACACCGCGGCGAGGCGCGCGCUCGCCAAAGUGAUGCUGAAGCUCAUGGACCUGGAGGACAGGGCAUUGUGGGAAGGCUAUCGCCAGACCACCGUCACCAAUGAGAGGGCAGAGCGGGCUCUGGCUGCUCUGCUGACCGCACAGGGCACUUUGAAGAGGAGCAGAGGGCACGCCAAGCCCCACCCGCGGUGGAGCCCCCCCUGCAGGCGGGCCUUCUGCCGGCUGGGCUGCGUGUGCGCCAGCCUGGCCAAGGGGCGGCGGGUGGUCACGCACUGCCGCAAGCCCGCCUGCAUGUUCGGCUGCUCCUGCCUCAAGCACAAGAUGGUUCUCGUCAGACCCUCCCUGACGAGCCCCCCUGAGCCCGAGCGGGGAGACCUCAUUGGCCAGAAAGCAUCAGGAGAGGCGUUUCUAUUAAACUCUGAGCCUAAACAGGUCGACCUCAUUGGCCAGAAAGCACCAGGAGAGGCGUUUCCCUCAAACUCUGCGCCUGAGCCGGGUGACCUCAUUGGCCAGAAAGCAUCAGGAGAGGCGUUUCCAUCAAACUCUGAGCAGGGUGACGUCAUUGGCCAGAAAACACCAGGAGAGGCGUUUCCCUCAAACUCUGAGCCUGAGCAGGGUGACCUCAUUGGCCAGAAAGCAUCAGGAGAGGCGUUUCCAUCAAACUCUGAGCCUAAACAGGGCGACCUCAUUGGCCAGAAAGCACCAGGAGAGGCGUUUCCCUCAAACUCUGAGCCUGAGCAGGGUGACCUCAUUGGCCAGAAAGCACCAGGGGAGGCGUUUCCAUCAAACUCUGAGCCUGAGCAGGGUGACCUCAUUGGCCAGAAAGCACCAGGAGAGGCGUUUCCAUCAAACUCUGAGCCUAAACAGGGCGACCUCAUUGGCCAGAAAGCACCAGGAGAGGCGUUUCCAUCAAGCUCUGAGCCUAAACAGGGUGACCUCAUUGGCCAGAAAGCACCAGGAGAGGCGUUUCCAUCAAGCUCUGAGCAUAAACAGGGCGACGUCAUUGGCCAGAAAGCACCAGGAGAGGCGUUUCCAUCAAACUUUGAGUCUGAGCAGGGUGGCCUCGUUGCCUUGGAAAUGAGAGAUGACGAUUCCACAUCGUAUUGCAAGAGGAAGAAGAAGAAGAAAAAGAAAAAGAAAAAGAAAAAAAAGAGGAAAAGAGAAAGACUAUCGUACGCCAUAUUGGAGGCGGAGACGGAGGUGGAGUUGGAGGUGGAACUGCCGGUUCACCUGCACCGGCUGUGGAACAGGAAGGCGGGGGAGGUGGAUGCGGAGCCCCUGUACGUCCCGACGCCCGUCCGCUUCGAUGCGCCGCUGCCCUCGGCCGACUUCCGCGUCCCCAAGCCCGCCACUUUCAGGACUUACGUGCCCCGCCCGAACCCUGUGGUGCGCGACGAGGACAAGGAUCCGGUGUACCUGUACUUCGAGAGCAUGAUGACGUGCGCCCGAGUGCGCGGCUACAUGAGCAAGCCUCCUCCCGAGCGGCCCCUGUGCUACUGCAAGUCAGUCCUCUGCAGCGGGAAGGAGGACGAUCCGUACCAUUACUCCGUCCACCUGACAGCAGAAAGGAGGCCGCCCAAAGACAAGGCGCGGGCCCCGGAGCCCCGGCAGGCCCCGGAGGAGCCGCGGCGGACGCUGGAGGUCCUGUCGGAGUGCGACUGGGAGUCGGAGCGGGGCCCCGUCCUGGCCGCCGUGUGCCAGCGGGCGGCGCAGGGCGACCUGGCGCGGCCCUUCCGCGUCGGGGCCUUCCUCGUCCGGCCCUUCGGCCCCGCCCUCGGGCGGGAGGGCGACGCCGGCCCCGUCGCCCACAAGGUGCUCAUCAGCCGCGGGAGGGGAGGGGAGAGCCCCCCCUCCGACCGGCGCGAGGCGCCGAGGCGGGACAGGGCGGCGAAGGGCUUCCCCUUCUGGUCCGACGUCCUGCCCGCGGGCCUCCUCAGCGCCAAGAAGAAGCAGCCCGGCCUCCCCGCCAAAGGGCUCAUCGAGGUCAACGGGAAGUCUUACUCCCAGGCCAAGGUGCAGCUGGGCCAAAUGGGCGCGCUGCACAUGACCAGCCGCCUGGCAGCUUACCUCACCGGCCGAUGGCAGCCGGCCAAUCAGAAGAGGCCCGUCAAGGCUCCGCCCGUCUCCAAAUUAACCGGACGCGGCGGCCACGAGAGCCCCGCCUCGCCGCCUGCUUGUCCCGCCGGCACCGCGACCCUUGGGUCCGCCAUCGCGGCCCUCGGCACCAGCGGGCCUGGUUUCCAGCCCCUGGUUUACCUCUUUGUUUCGGGCUGA